CAAAAUAAACACAAGAAACAAAAGAACGUUCUAUUUAAAUUAUUUCAAAGAAAUCAAACAUGUCCAGUAAAUAUAAGUGUUUAUCUUAUAAAGAAAAGAUAGAAAUAAUAGAAAAACUGAAAUCGGGUGUUCCCAGAAAAGAAAUUUGUGAACAAUUUACGUGUAGUGCCGCGACAGUAAGUCGAAUUGUAAAAAAUAAACAAGUUGUCACCAAUGUAAUGGAUCGAAACAGAAAUGUUUUCAUGAAAAGACAAAGGACAGGAUCACAUAAAAAUGUGGAAGAUGCUUUAUUCAUUUGGUUCAAGGAUAUGCGAUCAAAACACGCCACAAUAACUGGGCCGUUAUUGUUGGAGAAAGCAGAUGAUUUUGCAAAAAAGUUUAAUGUAAAUUUUAAACCAACGAAUGGUUGGCUCGAACAGUGGAAAAAACGAGAAAAUAUUCACUUUAAAAACCUGAGCGGUGAAAAAAGUUAUGCUGAUACAGGCGGGGCUAAAGAGUGGCUAGAAAACAUUCUUGCGAAAUACCUAGAAGAAUAUUCAGCAGACAAUAUAUAUAAUGCUGAUGAGUCCGCAUUAUUCUAUAAACUUGUUCCAAAUGGAACCUUAGCCCAUAAAAAUGAACAUCCAUCCGGACAAAAAAUGUCUAAAGAUAGAGUAACACUGUUGUUCAUAACAAAUUCAACUGGCAAUGACAAAAACAUUUAUUGUGUAGGAAAAUCCAAAAGUCCAAGAUGUUUUAGAAAAAACACAAUACCAGUAAAUUAUUAUUCUAAUUCUAAAGCAUGGAUGACAAAAAUGUUAUGGACGGAAAUUCUAAAAGAUUUGGAUAUAAAGGUAAAAGAAAAGAAUAAAAAAAUGUUUCUUUUUGUUGACAAUGCAUCGUGUCACCAAAUAAUGGAUGAUGUAGUUUUAAGCAACAUAACCGUCAUAUUUUUGCAACCAAAUACCACUUCCCUAAUUCAACCUCUUGAUCAAGGAAUAAUACGUUCUUUUAAAUCGCAGUACAGAAAGCGGUUAGUGUCUAAGCAAAUCUUGCAUUUAGAAUGUGGUCUACCCCCACAAGAUUUUUCGAAAAAAAUAGAUUUGUUAGAAGCCCUAAAUAUGAUAAAAUUAUCAUGGAAUAGCGUUACGGCAGAAUGUUUAUUAAAUUGUUUCAAAAAAGGUGGGUUCUCUCUGAAUGAAGUCCUAGAAACAAGUCAAGACAUGGAAAUUAUGGAUGAUGAAUUUGCACUUGAUAUGGAAGAACUUAUUAGGGUAGACGAAAAUGAACCCUGUUGCGAGAGUUUGACUGAUGAUGGUAUUGUAGAGUAUAUUACACUGAGUACAAAAGAAAAUAAUGAUGAAGAUUGUUGUGAAAAUAAUGUAGUUGAAGAAGACAUAUCGCCAAAACCUACUUUAAAAGAGGCUUUUGCUGCAAUGAAUGUUUUAACUGAUUAUUUUCGAGACAAUCCGGAUGCACGACAAAAGAUUCACGAUCUUGAAAACGUAAUGUGCCAAAUAAAUAUAAAACGGUUGACACAAAAAAAUAUGCAAGAUUAUUUUCAAUGUAAUUAAAUAAUAAUUUUUCCGAUAAUAUAUUUUAAAAUAGUGAAUUCCAAAAAUGUUAUUUUAAUGUUUCUUUUUAAUUUUAAC